GAUCCAUUCUGGGAACAUGCGUUUCUACGACAUACUGUUGCUUUACUAACUCACUUGGUCCUACUUUACUCUGUGGCCUGCACAUAAUAACACUAAAAUAAUGUCUCUUCGUGUGUUAGAGAUAAUCUUCUUCUUCUAUUUCGCCUCACAUAUUCCUAUUACUUUAUUUAUUGACUUACAAGCGCUGUUACCCGGACAUGUGUACCCUCAGUCGCUGAAGGAUCUUCUGAGCUGGUACGCAGAGGACUUCAAGGACCCGAUGGUUAUGGAUCCUCCGGAGUGGUUCAAGUCCUUCGUUUUCUGCGAGGCUUUGGUUCAGUUGCCUUUCUUUCCCAUCGCAGCUUAUGCCUUCCUCAAAGGUGGCUGUAGGUGGAUCAGGACUCCAGCCAUCAUUUACUCCACUCACGUUGCGACUACACUGGUCCCAAUCCUUGCACACAUUCUCUUCUAUCAGUUCCCUCUGGAGCCUCACCCUGGUCCUCAGAACCUGGGGGAGCGCUGGCUGCUGGUCUCCAUAUACGCUCCUUACCUGCUGGUUCCUGUGCUGCUACUCCUCACAAUGCUGUUCUCCUCCUCAUACAACCCCACUGCCAAAUCCAAGCAGAAUUGACCUAUAAACCACGCCACAGCUUAUUUCCUCUGACUUUCAGUUAUUUUUUCUGAAUCUGUGUAAGACUUGAGUAGGCUGUGUGACAGUACUGUGAUUUUAAGGAGAUUACUCUUGUUCAAAGAUUGCUUUUAAUUAAAGGUAACACUAGUUUAACAGUUGUUUUUUGGUAUUUUUAUUGACACAAAAUAUUUUAAAGUUUCCUAAAUGACAAAUUUGUUUGUUGAUUCUCCAGUUACAUUUAUAAUUGCAUUUCAUCAAUUAUGAUAAAGGAAAAAAAACAAGUAGGAAUAUUCCCAACUACAGACCUGCAGCUGACACGGAUGGUGAUGCCGUGUGUGUGUGUGGGAUAGAGUGAGAGAGAGAGAGGAAAUGACUGGAAACACUUCAUCCUCAGUGUGUGAGACUUUUUUGAAAAGGAUUUCUGUCACAGUCUGCCCCGUCUUCACUCGUACAGUGUAAGCACAUAAAUCGUUCGCGAUGGUCAUGCAUCGUAAGUGAUUCAGGUGCAUGUCAGUGUACAUUCUGCCGCGACCGUUGUAGGGUCAGCUUGAAAUUGCACAGUGUAUGCCAGGCUUAGGUUAAAGAAGUCUUUACAGAAUUGCAUUAAAAAAUAAAUAUCUAUCAUUAUC